CUGAGAAUGGAAUCGAAGGCUGGGGUUAGGGUUUCGAGUUCUACCUUCUUCUUAUUCUGCUUCUACUCUAUGAUCUUGUUGUUCGGAUUUAUCAGUUCUCUGUGCUUGAAAAGCGAUGCUGCUGCUGUUUCUGCUGCACCAUUCAGCUGCAAGAAUGGGACGAUUGCAGAGUGCAAUGAAGACGAUGAGAUGAUGAUGAUGGAAUCGGAGAUCAGCCAGAGGUUGAUGGCGGAGAAGACGAAGUACAUAUCUACGGGAGCUCUCCGGAAAAACAGACCAGUCUGCAAGGGCGGAGGCAGCGGCAAAUCUGGAGAAUGUCUUCCUCCUCCUUCAAAUCCUUAUACCAGAGGCUGUUCUAAGGAACAUCGUUGCAGAUCUGACUCUUGAGUCGUCCCAGAAAUUGGCCAUGUGCUGCAAUUUGAUCCG